AUGCAAUUCUACCAUGUAAUCCUAUUUUACACAAAUUAUCUCGUAUACAUCGAGGAGGUAUAUUUUUUUAGCUAUUUUCUUGAAUUCUACAGCAAACUUAAUACUUCCAAUUUGUGGAUCCGCAUUUAUUUUUUUUUCGAACAAGAUAUAUCAUUACUAUUAAGUAAUGAAGGCCUAUUAGAACCCGAUUUUCUUUCCCAUUGUCCCGUUUCAUUAUUUUUUUUUGAAACCGUCGAUUGGCUUAUCAAGAACUUUUUUGAAAUUUCUUUUUGUUUACAGCCAAUUUCUAAAAAAGCCUUAAUCUCGGACUUUUCACUCAAUAAUUUUUGUGUUAUAAGGGAUAAAAAUAAAGCCUUUUAUAGUUUUAAAUUAAAUUUUCCCGCCAAAAAAACAUUCCAUUUUUUUGCCACCUAA